AUGGUAAAAUCCGAUGAGGAGAAUGGUCCUCCCGAUCAACUGGAUGAUGAUGUUGAAUGGGAUGAUGAGUUUAUGUAUUUACUGAGGGUAAAUGACCUGGAAUCAGCUAAACAGGUUCUGGAAAAAAGACUUGUGAAGGAUUUAAAUUAUACAAAUGAGGAUGGAAACACUGCUCUCCACUAUGUUUGUGCAAAUGACUUGGAAGAGGCAGCUAUUUUUCUUUUAAGGGAAUGUAAAGUGAAUUACACAGUUAAUAACAAGUGUGGGAAUUCACCGCUUCAUUGGAUUGUACAAAACAAGGCUCUCAAGACCUUGAAAGUUCUAUUAUGGCACGAUUACGAGGUUCACAAGAAUGAACUUAACUACUCUAAAUACACUCAUAAUUUCACCUUUAAGGAUUCGAAGUUCAAAUUAAGCAAGGAAACUCUGGAACAUUAUAACAUAAAAGAUUAUCCUGAAGAUUACAGUAGGAUUAAUGAAAUUGACAUCACUAAAGAGAACCAGUUUGGGAAGACCGUUUUAUCAGAAGCUUUCAGAUCUGAAAAUCUAGAACUUCUUCAAUUGAUACUUGAACAUCCCAUUUCUGCAAUUUUGGAUCAAAAAGCUGAAAAUACCACUGAGGAAGAUAAUGAAACUGAAAGCGUAGAUUAUGUAAUUCAUGAAUUCCAGUUUAUUAAUAAAGGUACCCUUAGUCAGGGUGAAGCUGAAAACUUGAAAUAUGAAGGGAAAAUGCAAGAAAACGAUAAAUUCUCUACUAAAUCAGAAAAUAAUGUUAAUGAUGCUGAUCUUGGAGAUAAUAAAGCCAGUUUAAAAGUUAAAAUUAAAGAAAUGUGUAUCAAGGACGAUAAAAUACUAGACGCUGAAAAUAGUGAACUGGAUUCUUCUGGAUUAAUAAUAUGGGAAUCAAGUGUAAUAGCUUCAUUUUGGCUUAGUAUGCUUGCUGGAUCGAACAAUUAUUCAGGGCUUAAUGUUCUUGAGCUUGGUAGCGGGUGUGGCCUAGUGGGCAUAUCCUUCAAAGUAGCUUGCCAGUACUAUAAACAGCCCAUAAAGUUAACUUUAACAGAUUACAGUGAUAAAACAGUAGAGAACCUGAAAUAUAAUGUUGAAUUAAAUGGAUUAAAGGAAGAUGUGUGGGUAUCGCAGUUAAAUUGGAACCUAUAUGAUAAAAUGCCUGAUAAUGAAUUGUAUGAUUUGAUAAUCGCAAGCGAUUUGAUCUACGAUGUUAAGCUGGUUGAGUGCCUGGCGAAUGUAAUCAACAAAGUAUUAACCCCCAAAGGAACUUUUUUAUACACUUACAAGAUAUCUAGAAAUGGUUCAACUGAUUUUAUAAACAGAUUAAGCGAGUUUGGGUUUCAAAUUGAGAUACAGCACGUGCCCAAAGUAUGCCAACAAAACCCUUUUGUAAACAAGAAUAAGGUAACAAACUGGAAACAAUGUUAA